UCCGUCGUGACGUUGACAAAUUGCUUCUUCCGCUGCCGGUACCGAGAACGUGAGCUGCCAAGAAGAAGAAAAAAGCAGAAGUAGCUCUAACGCCGAGACAAUUACAGUCAACGUCAGACUUUGUGACACAGAGUUACACCCGCUAAAAAGAAUAACGUCAUCGUGUCCUAGAUCUGUGAAAGCCAAUCCACUCCAGCAGGUGACCGACAAUGGCUGUGAACGUGUACUCCACCUCAGUGACCAGCGACAAUUUAAGCCGUCAUGACAUGUUGGUCUGGAUCAAUGACUCUCUACAAAUGAAUCUCACCAAGAUAGAAAUGUUGUGCUCAGGUACUGCUUAUUGCCAGUUCAUGGACAUGCUGUUUCCCAACUCCUUGCCUCUGAAGAAAGUUAAAUUUGGUGCUAAGCUGGAGCAUGAAUAUAUCCACAACUACAAGCUUCUGCAGGUUUCCUUCAAAAAGAUGGGAGUGGACAAAAUCAUUCCAGUAGACAAACUGGUGAAGGGGAAGUUCCAGGACAACUUUGAGUUUGUCCAGUGGUUUAAGAAGUUCUUCGAUGCAAACUACGAUGGAAAGGAGUACGACCCGGUUGAGGCGAGGCAGGGCCAGGAUGCCAUGCCCAUACCCAACAAUGCCACGUCAGCUCUGACCAAAACCCCCAAAAAGGCUCUCAGUUCAGGUCAGCACUCUGCUCCUCAGAGGCCACCUGUUGCCAAAGUUGCGCCUAAGUUGGCUCUUGUCAGUGCAAGGAAGCCAAAAAUGGGAGGAAGCGACGAGGAGAGGGCGGAGCUCAUGAAUGAGGUGGAGAUCCUAAAAUCUACGAUUCAGGACAUGGAGAAGGAGAGAGAUUUUUAUUUUGGUAAACUGCGGAACAUCGAGCUGAUCUGCCAGGAGAAGGAAGGAGAGGGCGACCCCACGCUGCAGAAAAUCAUCGACAUUCUCUACGCCACAGACGAGGGUUUUGUGAUACCGGAUGCUGAAGAGCAAGAGGAGUUUUAAUCAAAAGCGCAAGCAACUUUUCACUUCCUCUGGUAGACAAACCCACCUUGAGAUUUUCCUUAAGACAGCCCCCCAACACCUGAUAUCUCCUGAACCCUCCUGGACUUCUACCCUUCAGCUGGUGUACAGCUCAGCCCCUUUUUGCUCUCCCUGGGAAACAUCCUUUUACCAAUAAUGAAGAGGGUCACAGCCUCUUCUAUAAGCCUGUCUUCUAUAAGCCCCCCCCCCCCCCCCACACACACACACACACCUGUAAUCCCAUCCUUCCCAGAACCAGAUGGUGCAGUACAUAUCUGUUUUUUGUAAUGGACUUGAGUGUGAAAAACACGAUUAUGUUCUCGGUCCGUCUGUGUGGGUGUGUGUGUAUACUUUUGUGUUUGUGUGUGUGUGUGUGUGUGUGUGUGUGUGUGGUUGUGUGUGUUUAAAAAUCAAUUUGAAACAACCUCCUCCAAGGGCCCGGCUAUGAGAACACCAAUCUUUUCCCAAAGUUUUUUCUCACUCCCCCAAACAAAGAUUGUUUGUCUGGAUCGAUGGCGCUGCAGCCAUUUGUGCCUCGCCUGUCGACACAGUUUGAUUCGUCCAGAGGUAGAAACAUUCUGUUUUGCAAGCUAGUCCCAAUUUUAAUCACGCUAAUUCAAUUCAAGCCUGCAGGCUUUCAGAUGUGUAAAUGAAGUGGUGGGCCGCGCUGUGAAGGGCUGGGGUUUAUCGUGAGACAAGGCGACAGUAGGGUCUUUACUUGGCCUUUUCUUCUACCAAGGAUGCAUCCUGAUUUUCAAAAGAGCUUUUUGUAAAUGUGUGCUACAGUUUUUUAACAUUUGUCCCCCUCGCUGUUUCUUUUCUGUUUUCUGUCUGAUAUUUUUGAACACGUUUUUGGGCAAAUGUCAGUCGUUCUCUGGACCUUAUUCGUAGGUUUUCCAUGCUCAAUCUUCACUCUGUUGGAAAGAUUAGACUUCGGAUCGGAUGUAGAGAAGUGUUGCUGUUUUUGUAGCCGAUCACUUUUCUUUUUUUUUGCUUCCACUUCCCGCAGGCGUCUGUUCCAACACUGUGCUUUAAGUUUCAAGCUUCUUAAAUGUGCAAUUCUUAACUCCAGGAAAGUGGCUUUCUCCUUGUGUGGAUGUGUGAUCGCAGCGUUUCAAACAAUAUCCUGAUGUUUAGUAAAACAAACAACAAAAUCAAAAAGUUUAACAGUGAUUGUUUUGAAUGUUUUGCCUCUUUGGAGAGUGUGUUGUAAGUCCAUGCACUGAUGUAUUUUGGUCUUUUCUUUUUUUUUUGAACACCGGUGGCCCUUAGGAAUAAUUGCUGAUCCCGAGCAGCCACAUUACAAAUACUAUGAGCUGUGACUGGCUGAUCUGUGUGUGUUCACCAUAGUAACCAUCGCUGAGUGAGUGCAGUGACAAAACUUCUGCUCACUAAUGUUAGAUGUUGUUUGUUUCAAAGUAGUUAAAGAAAUAUGCGAUCAAUGAGUUGCCACGUUGAAGAAUAUUCCUUUCAUGGGAAGCGAGACCGGUGUCUGAUGCCUCUUUUCCACUCCCCCAAACGACCAAUUUUAAUACUUGUAUUGUGGAUCUGGUUUAAAAACUGCUUUUUUUUUUUUUUUUUUGGUCCCCCCCCCCCCACACUGUAUAUUUGUACCUAACUUGAAACAACACAGUAAUGUUGAUUCCACAGAAACUGUUAACGGUAAAGGUGUCCUUAUUGGAAUUUACAACAUUAUUAAUGGCCUUCUAGACAUUUUUCAUAGUUUUUGUAUUUUACAUUAAUGUAAGUCUGCUGUGUUGACAAAUGUUUGUAAUGUUAGUGAUUUUAAUGUUCUAAAAAUAAACAACGUUGGAGGUA